CUUAAAAUGAAUUUAAAAAAUAUCAAACCCUCUCUCGAAGUUUCCUUCUCUAACUUCCUUCCCCAUCUCUCUCCUACAAAGAUAUUUUUGUUGUUCAUUCUCUUCCCCUUCCACAAAAAAAAAAAUCAAAAUAUCAAAAAGCCAUUGCUUUCUAUACUCUCCAUUAAUUCAUAGAGAAACCUAAAUUUUCAGCUCAAUUUUGUUUUUGUUCCUAACGUCCGAUGCUGUGAAAUCGAUUUUCGAUCGAGAGAGAGAGAUCGUUGAAGACGCAGAGGUGAUCGGAGAGUCGGAGACGGAGGAGCGAUUCGGAAAUGGCGAGUGAAGGCGGAGGAUCCAACGUCAGAUCUAGCUACUACAGCGUACUUGGGAUUCGUAAAGACGCCUCCGUUUCCGACAUCCGCACUGCUUACCGUAAGCUCGCCAUGAAAUGGCAUCCAGAUAGGUACGCGAAGAAUCCUGGUGUCGCCGGAGAAGCUAAACGUCGGUUUCAGCAAAUCCAAGAAGCCUAUUCUGUUCUGCACGACGAGGGUAAACGCUCAAUGUACGACGCUGGGCUAUACGAUCCCUAUGAUGAUGAUGACGAUGACUUCUGCGAUUUCAUGCAAGAGAUGAUCUCAAUGAUGAACAAUGUCAAAGACGAGACCACAGAUUGUCUUCUUGAUCACGAACCGGGAGACAGCUUAGAAGACUUGCAACGGAUGUUUACGGAUAUUGUUGGUGGAGAUGGUGUAAGCUUCGACUGUAACAACAGUCCAAAGAGUAGCAAACGACCACGUAUCAACAUCUCAAGGAGUAGUGCUGCGAUGCGUUAAUACUUUGGUUCUCUUUUGUGUAAGUGUGGUGUUGUUGUAUUAUUAUUGUAUCAAGCUAAGUUUCAAUUCCGUUUUCUAUUUUCUAGUCACUCAAGACUAUAAAAUAAAAUAAUCUUUAAGAACCAACUAGUAGCUAGAACUAGUUUAGAAUUAUUGGAAUUUCUUUCUUUGACUAGAAAAGUUGUUUUUUUUUUCCCACGUGACUCAAUCUCAAAUGUUAUCUCAUAAUUUUGUUAUGAUCUCAUUGAAAA